GACAACAAGCUGGUACAGCCGACCACAUAUCACUCAUAUCCUGAACUCUACUAGCUGUAGUAGUUUGAACUAGUUUGUUGGAUCAAUUUUUCAUUUUCUGUGGCGCAAAUAGAGUACUGAAAGUUUUCCCCACCCAGCAUCUGUUUUCAAACAGUGCACAACAGAACGAUGUCGUCAUGCGCGCGGUUCUCUUGUCCGCCACAGGGGGGCGCGCCGCGCACCAACCGGAAGCAGGAAGUGGAGUCAGUCGACGGGCGAAAUUCAAAAUUUCUGUAACAAAACAGCUCUGCUGCCACUGCGCCUUCCUACGUGACGUCUGGGGGCUCUGAACCGAACUUCCUCCGCACCCGUUCUCACACAAAUCCCGGUAAGUGCGUCGCGUCGCCCAGCGGCUUCCGGUUUGUAGUGAUUUAGCUCACGUCGCGUAGCACUUCAGGCGUCGUUGACCACUUGUUCUGCUAACGGCGGUUGCUCCGUAGCGUCACGCCGCCCGCUGGACGUUAGCUACCGGGCUAAAGGACGCCGCGUCUGUAACCCGCCGGGGAGGGUCCUUCGUCGUACGGGGCUGAACCGGGCAGCAUGCCGGUGGAGCGGACGGAGCACGGAGGAGCCGAGGAGCUCCACAAGUACUACGAGGUCUACGAGACCAUCGGCUCAGGGGGCUUUGCCAAAGUGAAGCUGGGUCGUCACAUCCCGACGGGGGAGAAGGUCGCUAUAAAGAUCAUGAGCAAGAAGGAGCUCGGGGACGACCUGCCUCGUGUGAAAUUGGAGAUCGAGGCCAUGAAGAACCUGAGUCACCAGCACGUCUGUCGUCUCUACCAGGUCAUAGAGACCUCCACCCAGAUCUUCAUGGUGCUGGAGUACUGUCCAGGAGGGGAGUUGUUCGACUACAUCAUAGCCAAAGACCGUCUGUCAGAGGAGGAGACCAGGGUGUUCUUCAGGCAGAUUGUGUCUGCCAUGGCCUACGUGCACAGCCAGGGAUACGCGCACAGGGACCUCAAACCGGAAAACCUGUUGAUUGACGAAGACCACAACUUGAAGCUCAUAGACUUUGGACUGUGUGCCAAACCGAAGGGAGGUUUGUGUCACGAGCUGAUGACGUGCUGUGGGAGCCCUGCGUACGCUGCUCCUGAGCUCAUCCAGGGAAAAUCCUACAUCGGUUCAGAGGCGGAUGUGUGGAGUAUGGGGGUGCUGCUGUUCGCCCUUCUCUGUGGGUACCUGCCCUUCGAUGAUGACAACUGCAUGGUCCUCUACAGGAAGAUUACAAGAGGUAAAUACGAUAACCCCCGGUGGCUGUCUCCAGCCAGUGUCCUCCUCCUCAACCAGAUGAUGCAGGUGGACCCCAAGCGGCGUGUUACUGUGAGGCAGCUGCUGGACCAUCCGUGGGUGAUCAAAGAGUACAACAGCCCCGUGGAGUGGCGUAGCCGGCAGCCGUCCGGCCACAUCGACAAGGACUGCAUCACCGAGAUGGCCGUCAGCAUGAAGCGGUCGAGGGAGAGCGCCGCGGCGCUGGUCAGCGAGUGGCGGUACGACCAGACGACCGCCACCUACCUGCUGCUGCUGUCCAAGAAGCAGAGGGGGAGGCCUGUUCGCCUGCGGCCUGAACCCACCGCGCGCGAGGACUCCUGCUCACCGCUGCACCAGGGACUACAGACGAGGGAAGCCCUCCACUUCAGCGAGGACGAGGACGCUGUCAUCGUGGGUUCUCUGGACUUUGCCUCGGAUUACGUCGACGACUGGGCUCGGGUCCCACGAUACACACCAAAGGGGGUCCGAGGUCAGCCGGAUGGCGCGGCCAACCACAGGAACGCGACCCCAGCGUCUCCGUCAGAGACCCCAGAGAGAGGCCGAGCCACAGCGCCGCACCGCCAGGAGAGGAGGGGCCGAGACCAGGAGAACAAGGAGAACGUGGCCGUGCAGGAGAAGGACGUGGACAUAUUCGCGCUGCCGCCUCCUCGCACGCCUGCAUCCGGCAAGAAGAGCAGCCGGCCCAACAGGAACGCGUUGACCACGCCCAACCACAACGCUAACGUCACUCCUAAAGGAUGCGGCAGCGCUUCUAAAGAGCACGAUAAGAAGCGAGCGGCAGAGCUCAAGGAGCUUGCGGAUGUUGAAAUCCUGACUUUCAGUCCUGAGCGAAGGUCUCGGUCGCUGGACAUGGCGGUCGUCGGGGACAGCGAGAAGAAGAGGAGGGGGGGAAAGGUGUUCGGUUCGCUGGAGAGAGGCCUGGACAAGAUGAUCACCAUGCUCACUCCCAACAAGCGGCGAGCGCUGCGAGACGGCCCGCGCAAGAUCAAGGCGCAGUACAACGUCACUCUGACCAGUCAGACCAAUCCAGACCAGGUCCUCAACCAGAUCCUGUCCAACCUGCCCGAGAAGAACGUUGACUUCACACAGAAGGGGUACACCCUGAAGUGCCGGACGAGGGGCGACCACAAGAAGGUAACCAUGGCGUUUGAGCUGGAGGUGUGCAUGCUGCAGAGGCCGGAGGUCGUCGGGAUCCGGCGCCAGAGGCUGAAGGGAGACGCCUGGGUCUACAAGCACCUGGUGGAGGACAUCCUGUCCAUGUCCAGGAUCUGACGCUUCGCGCUUUCCUCACGACGCCGCUUCCCGUUGAAGGCACUGGGCCUUUUGCGGUCCUGAUGAGUGAUGGAUGCACAGAGUCACGCACGGCGCCCCAGCCUCAUCAUUCACAGUGAAUACUUCCGUUUGUCCGUAGGCCAGCCUGCAAUCCCCCGAGUACAUGUUACACGCCAGGAUCCUGUACAGCGCGUCUGGCUCUAUGCAAAGCGCUGCUCUUUUAAUUCGUAACUAUUAAGCUACAGGAGGCUGUUUACAGGAAACCUUCGGGCUGCUCAUAUUUAUGUCUCCGUGUUUUUAUUCUCCCCUGUGGAUGGAAUUCACUGUCAUUAAUGUACAUGCUUGCAAUUUGUAAACUUCUCAUUGGUGCUUUUAGUGUCUGUCACAUUUCUAUUGACAUAAAAGGAGCAAAAUAAAUGAUUUCUGGUGACAAUACAA